CAUUCCCUCCUGACACAUCAAGCCGUCUCGGUCACACCCUUCCCGGCUACUUCCCCCAACCUUUCUUACCCUGCCCGCCAUGUUCUGGAGUAGGAGGAGAAGAGGAGGAGAUACGUGUAGUCCUGACUGUAGCCGGAUUAGCAUUAGCAGCACGCAGCUAGGCGGAGGCGCAACAAGCUCCUUGAACGCCGAAAUAAGUUCUCUGACGAGAUUUUUCUCCCCACUUGGAAUUAGCCUGAUUGUUUUUUUAAUGUUUAUAUUUCUGGAAUAGCGCCAUAUCCUGACAUAGCGUGAAAAACUAUGGUGAUGGCGUGGUCUUGUGUACUGCCUGCACUGCGUGUGUGGAGAUGGUUUUAACAGAUGCUCUUCUGGAGGACUCAGGAACACUGCGCUGGCCUGAAGAAACCUCUUAAGCAUACGUGACACUUUACACAAAAGGAUAAACGUCUAUUGAGGACACACAGACACGUGGACUUUACAAACUUCUCCUUCAUUCCCAACACUACCAGAGCCCAAGCUCCUCUCCGUUUUCGUUUUGUUUUUAUAUUAAUUCUUCCUCUUUGUCGCAACCUCACCGCCACCAUGCCAAGCACCAUCCGCCGGCAGAUGAAAAACAUGGUCAACAAUUACUCUGACGCCGAGAAGAAGGUCAGAGAGGCCACGUCCAACGACCCGUGGGGCCCCUCGUCCUCGCUCAUGUCCGAGGUGGCUGACCUCACCUACAACGUGGUGGCCUUCAGCGAGAUCAUGAACAUGAUCUGGAAGCGGCUGAACGACCACGGGAAGAACUGGCGCCACGUCUACAAAGCGCUCACGCUGCUCGACUACCUGAUAAAGACGGGCUCGGAGAGGGUGGCGCUGCAGUGCAAGGAGAACAUUUUCGCCAUCCAGACCCUCAAGGACUUCCAGUACAUCGACAAAGACGGCAAAGACCAGGGCAUCAACGUCAGAGAGAAGAGCAAGCAGCUGGUGGUGCUGCUGAAGGACGAGGAGCGCCUUAAAGGAGAGAGGUCUCAGGCUUUGAAGACUAAGGAGCGCAUGGCCCAGGUGUCCACAGGGAGCACUCAGAUGGGCUUCGGCCGAGGCUCGUCCCAGCCCAACCUCUCCACAUCCUACAGCGAAGAGUACGGCAGGUCGGAGGGCUCCCCCGCCUCCUACCACGGCUCCACAUCUCCCAAUGCGGGCUCAGAGCUGGAGCAGGCCAGACCUCAGACCAGUGGAGAAGAGGAGCUCCAGCUGCAGCUCGCCUUGGCCAUGAGCAGAGAAGCAGCCGAGCAGGAGGAGCGCCUACGCAGAGGUGACGACCUGAGACUACAGAUGGCCUUGGAGGAGAGUAAGAAAGAAGAUCCAGGCUCAGCAAAGCUCCCCAAGAAGAAGAAGGAGCCACAGUCAUCUUUGAUGGAUCUAAUGAAUGUCCCUGAGCCAGGUCCCAAGUCUGACCCCUGGGGGAUGGGGGGCGGGGCCGGAGCCAGAGCUGCAGCUGCAUCAGGAGACCCGUGGCAGCCUUAUGGCUCUGCUCCUCGGCCGUCGGUGCCACCCGACCCCUGGGCUGCUCCUGCAACUCUGCCUGCCAUGAAGGCCAGCGACCCCUGGGCAGACUCCGCUCCGGCGUCCGACCCCUGGGGGUCUGGAGCAGGCCGCCCUAAAACCUCCAACACAGGUAACUUUGACCUGUUCAGUACAUCCAAUGGUACAUCCAAGGAAGACUUCUCAGAGUUUGACAGCCUGCGCUCUUCCUCCUCUGUCCCCACUGCCGACGCGGGCAUAACGUCCUCUCUCCCCUCCCAAGUCAGUCUGGCCAGUAGCGGCAGCCUGGACCUCUUCGACCCGCUGCCCACUUCCGCUUCGAUCUCCACAAACCCGACCAGAAAGACUCCGGAGUCCUUCCUGGGACCCAAUGCGGCGCUGGUCAAUCUGGACUCUCUGGUGACCAAACCGGCUCAGCCCGCGCCCGUCGUUAACCCGUUCUUGGCUGCUACAGGCGGCUCGGCUCCUGCUCCAGUUGCCAACCCGUUCCAAAUGACCCAGCCGGUUCCCCCCACCCUCAACCAGAUGCGGGUCAGCCCGAUGCCCUCCGGCUUCGGCAGCAUGGCCGAGCCCAUGCCGCUGGCCUCCGUGCCCGCUCAGCCCGUCACCAUGGUCCCCCUGGCAGGGAUGGCCCCCAUGGGCCACGGGAUGCCCGGCACGGGCGGCGGCGUGGGCGCCGGGAUCCCGCCCUCCAUGUCGAUGCCUCAGCCGUUGAUGAGCAUGCCCCCCCAGGCCGGGUCGCAACCCGCCGGAACCACCAACCCCUUCCUCUUGUGAAAGGAGGACCCGCUUUCUCCUUCAAUUGCUCCUCGACACUAACAAGGAGAUAUUUUAUCCCGUGUAUCCAUCUAUAAGCCACUCCCAGCCAGGUGCCCGACUAAAAUACUUCCUGACUCUGUUUCUGCUCCUGUCCUGCUCAGCUACAAGCUGCCUCGUCUCGUGAGUUCCAGGCUGAUCCUAACAUGAUGCUGGCGACCACACAGAUCUUUUGCACCCGUCUACGGACUUCAGAGUUUCCACCAGGGUGGGACUGGACCCAGUUUCUCCUUCCGUUCUUCCUCUUGUCCACCCUUUCGGAAUGCUCUUUUCCUCUUCUUUUUCGUGAUGGGGUGACCGGAGAGUCAGCCUGUACUAAUUCCAGCAUCUUAUCUUUUCUCUAGAACUAAUCUUUUAUAAGCCCUAUCCGCUCUAGCGUGUCUGUGUGUAUGCGUGUGUGAGCGAGUGCACGUCUCAGUGCUUUUACACUGUGUAUAUCCCAGUGAGUUUUCCUCCAACACACUGGAUUAAGGAUGAGAGAUGUGUUUAUACUCCCUGCGUGUAUGUUGUGUGUGUUACAAAGCAGGAAUUUUGCACAAUUUUUGCUUUUUUUUUUUGUUUGUUUUUUUAUUUUUUAUUUUCAGCGACUGUUGGACUCACCGUUACACCUUAGCUCACAGAGUAAGUCUGAUCAAAACAAACAACAAGGCACACCCGUACACUGCCUCGGCUCUUGGUACUAACUCAGUCCGAACCCUUCAUCUUCACUUCGGAUCUUCUUCUUUUUUUUUUCCUGACCUGAACUUUGA